GAGUAAGCAUGGCACGGUUACCAGAUUAUACUUCGCUACUGGAAAAGAAGGAUCCUAGGGCAGUUCUCAUCUUGGGCUACUGGCUGGCAAAGAAAUGUCAAGAAAACCACUGGUGGAUGCAUCCAAGAGUUCACGCCGAAUGCACGGCUGUAUGCAUGUUCUUAGAAAACUGUCCGGACCCUCGAAUUCUCAAGCUGCUAGAAUACCCAGCUGAACACUGUGGAUACCUUCUGAAGCAUGUCCGAGAACAGGCGAUUUUUGAAGCCAACAUCGACUUUCUCUGCCUCUUCUGAGAGAGUCCACAUGUAAAUGUCGUCCUUCCUCCCAUAUCCUCGGAAAAAUACCCGUUUACGUUCCUUUCAGCCCUCUGAUGCAUAUAAUAUAGUACCGUUGCGCUCAUCGCAGACGAUGUUACGAACUAGCAUUUCCUGGGUUUCCUAACGCCGCCUCUUGUGCUCAGCAAUCAGUCCGGCUAUGAAACCCCUAGGAACCAUUGUCAGCCAGCUUUCGGAUCAACAUUUCUACACACCCUGACAACUCCUGAUGAUACAUAAUUCCUUUUAGUACAGCUAUUUAUAGAAAUUUUAUUGGAGGAAAUUCCUGUUUUAUUCUCUCUCUUCUUAAUUCUUGAGUAUGGCUGCUUAUUCUCGACUGCUUAAUUUAUUUAUACCCUGCAAUACCUGCUCAAUGAUUCAUGCAACGAGGAUUUUUCGGCGAUAAAGCAUGAUAUCUUGGACUCAGGAAAUCCUAGGACCUAGUUAUUCUCUUACAUACAAUUCAUUUUAGGGUAUAUAUCUUUUUAACGUUGAUUGGAUAUUUUUUUGGAACACCUAUGAGAGCAACUUUUAUUUAUUUUAUGAAUAUAUAAAACAUCCAUCAAACUCCGUGCCUCCCGAAAGAUCGAUAUGAAAGAGAGCAAGUACGGCGAACAAGCAAGCAAGAUCGCGCACACACUAUGGUUCAAUGAAUGCACGGCGCGAGGCACUUCAUCAGGCAUAAUGCAUAACAUUUUGAAAAAACAUAAUGGACGGUGUUUAACUGGCUGAGGUUUGUGGAAUGCGGAUGUGAUUGAAUGAAUGAAGAGGACGGGGAAGUAAAACAAAUGCCAACAAAAAGCGGCAACAGAGCAAGGCAAAAAAAUAUUGGUGCAAGAGAGGCUUUUAGUGAAGAUUUAAGACACCUUAUUUUGGUUAUCUUUCUGUAUUUCCUUCCUUUUUUUCCCUUUCGUGAUGUUUGGGGAUGAAACAACAAACACGAAAAAACAGGGCCAAGAAAAGUCGUCAACACGAAACAUAACUUGUCAAAAUAAGCAAAACUUGCAACGUAAAAACCAUGGAAAGGAGGGCAAAACAUUCCAACCGUCGUCAAGAGAAAUCAAGGAAAUUCAUCAGCACACCAAAAACAGGAAAUAAAAAAACUGAAGAUAUCCUUAUAUAGUAGAAUGUCUCGGCUUUGAAAUCACCCAUUCCUCCCAGAGCUUCCUCUGCCGGUACUCCACAUUGAUUCCAUUAUCUUCAAGGUCAUCGGCAGAUAUCAACGUCAGCGGCGUUGUCCAGUGUGAACAGGGUGAUAUCAAAGAGAAAGCCGUAUCAGGCGAAAGUUCAAUUUGAUUUGCUCUGGGUCCAUUGUCACCAUUAUGCGAGCUCAAUCCGUCCGAUUCAUCACCGAUGCUUUCAUAGUCGUCGUUGUCACCGUUGGUGUCAGGAUCAUACCUGUCAAAAAAGUCGUCAUCCUCGCUGUCAGAAUUAGGGAAUGACUGGAUAUCUGAUAUAUCGGCGCUGGUAGCCCACUUCUCGUCGAAAGCAUUCGAAUAAUCGAUCCGUCGCAGGCUGACCCACUCCAAAUUAUCCAUCUCCUCACGCAACAUGGAAAGGACAUCUUUCCACAGGCUUCCUUCUUUGAGGAGGACGUCUCGUAAACGAAGACCGCGGAGCGUUCGGCGGUGGCGGCGUGCGAAGUCGAUAAUUUCUUCCGCAUCCAGGCGCCAGGCUUGGAUGCCGAAUGCGCGCAGCCUCUCCCAGUAUACGUUAUGGAAUAUAUCUUCGAGCUGGAGAUCUAGUGGUAUCCGCGAUGGAAAACCUAAAUGCACAGCUUCCAUAUUUUUGGCUGCCAUGAAUAAAGUAUGAAAUACUUCUGAUAAUUCUCGCAUCUCUGCAUUAACGUAUCUUAUCGCAUCGAAGUGGAUUUCCAAACAAGUCAGCUUGACAGCAAGCGCGGAAACCAUAUCGAUUGGGGCUCGUUUUAACGUGAGAGCUGCUUGAGGAUUUAUCUGGGGGCCGGAGAAUCGGUUGACAGGGGGCUGAGAUUCGAGAAGAGCUAUUGCGAGAGUCUGCACUGCAUGGGAGCAUGCCGGUUUCCAAUCCAAUGAUACUAAUGGAUCAAGCGGAUUAUCGUGUCGCUCGAUGAAUUGUAAAAGCUCCCGCUCCAUGUCAUCCUGCACCUUCAAAAUCUUUAUAUGUUGAAGCGAUUUGAAUGCCCGCAUGGCCCGUUUCAGGGAAGCGAAAUCUUCACCCGAGCUGACUAAACGUUUCUGCUCUUCUAGUCGACGAUGAUGUUCGGAAAUCUUUAAUUUACUGGAAUCCGCCGUUAAGAAAAGUUCACUGAGCUUGUCUCGAUCUAAAAAUAAAACCGAAGGGCAGAAAAGGAGAUAGAGCGUUAGACACACCAUGUCUGAAGAAGAAAUUGGAAAGAAAAUGAGGGAGCAAGGAAGCAGCACGGGGAGAUUAGGAAUUAUGAACAACCUUCAACGUAAAACGACCGAAUAAUAUACGUGAAAUUUCUCGAAUGCCUUGCCAAAUGUGGGGAGCUUGACAACAUAUCCAACUUCCGAAAUGCGCUUUCAGAAAACCGCACCACGACCCGGCUAAAUUUAUAGGAGGCGCCUAGGUCUGCAAACCGUUUGCACACCUCUCUGAAGCGGUCGAUGUCCGUCCUAUAGUCUUCCUGGAAGCCAUUCUUAGGAUCAUAAAUGAGAGGUGUUGGCUCUGGUGGGCUGGGGCGCUUGAAACUCUCAAUCGAGAGGUACGCACGACGGUCGACGCUGACGCAUUUCUCAGGGUCCCGGGCCAAAUGGUCCAAUAUUUCUCUUAACAGCUCAUUUGAAAGGCCCAAAAUACCGCGUGGUUCGUCCAUCGCUUGGCUUUGAGAAGCCGAUGACGGCUUUUUUGCCGCUUCAAAUUCUUGGUCGACAGAUUCCUCAUGGAAUAGCCGCAAUCGCGGGGAAAGAAACGAGAAAAAGGAAAAGAACCAACUGAGGAUGAGAGUAGCCAGGUUGGCGAAUUGUUCCGGCGAAAGCUGGUAACGGAGGGGUAAUUGAGGGGCUAGCGGGUGGGCAGUAUCUUUGAGAUCAAUAUCAUAAGAUAUAUAUAUGUAUAUAUAUAUAUAUAUAUAUAUGUAUAUAGAAACUAUAUUUGGGAUCCUUUUUGAAACCUAAUAAUAACUUAUUCGCUCAAAUAAAGUCCGAGUGGAUCAGUUCAGUGUGGGGAUAAUACGGCAAUAAGAUCGUCGUCCAGCACAAAAGCGGAAAGGGAAAGUCAAAAAAACAUGGGAGGGCUCAGGAUAGGCAUAUAAAGAGGGCUUAAGCAGCCGUCAAAGCGAGAACCAGAACCGCUUUGGAAACAGCACUGCUGAUCUGAAUGUGGGGAGAGAAGGGCCAAAUGGCGGGCCCUGAAAUGAAGCACCACACCGCCAGCAACUGGGGGACUUCAGACGAUAGCAACGACAAAUAAGCAUGCCGCAGCUGAUUAGAGCAUGUCCUUCACCUGCCCAUAGGCAACUCGGUAUACGCCAAUAUAGUGUCCGGGCGCUUCCAUCCCCGUCGUCAUCGUCGAGUAGAAGAGAAAAACGUGUGUGCUGCUAGCAGGGCUUCCUGCCAUUGCCCACGCGAAUGAGCAGCGCGGCCACUACACCAUGCGGUCACAUGAUCGAAAAUACACCAGCAGAUCCUCCGCCAGCAGCGGCAGCAUGCGGGCCGCGGUGAAUCUAGAGAGACGAACCUUGGGCCCCUGGAGAUAGGAGGACGCCAGAGUCUGUGGCGCGGGUGUGGCAGGCGAAUUGUUGGGCAGAGCGGCGGCGUGCUGGCCUUGAUAUGCUGCACUCUGCAGAGCUAGGUUCUCCUAGUCGACCCAGUAAAACCCCCCUUAACUGCUCUCCCUCUGUCCAGAGGCGGAUGCACGACCCAAUGCUGCAGAGUCCCUGCAACCCACAGAGCAACCCCGCUGGUACAUUGGCCGCUGGCCCCAGGCGGCGAAUCACCAUGACAGAUCAGCCGACGACGUAGGUGGGCAUGAUGCUCGAAAGGGGUCGAGAACCACCGACGUGUUCUCGGUUGUGACAUCGAGCAGUGUUGGGAUGGGGAAGUGGGAUUCCACCCUUUUGGGCUGCGGCAUCUGAGAUAUAUACCCAACUUUGCCCUAACAGCCUUCCUCUCGCCUGAAGGAUGAAGGUAGGACUGGGCAACGAUCACAGCCUGAGUUUCAUGGUCAUUGUCCUAGACCACACUGCCUGCCGUGUCGUCAAUCGUCAGCUCCAGGUUUUCAUUUUACAUCGCCUGGUUUACAUACUAUUAUUGUACCAUAUCUCUAUAACUAGCUUGAGCAACCUAUGAAAGAGUGGGUAAAUGCAUAUUGUGCUG